GUCACGGAGCCUUCCGCUGAGCAGUCCUUUGCUUCGGGUCGUCUACCACCUCCAGUCGAGGUCGUGCCCCAUCCCCAGCUCCCAAGUCGCAGCUCUUCCGGCCAUGGCGGCGGCGGCGCAGAGGCUCCUCGCGGCGAGCACGAAGAUCGUCGGGGUCGGGCGGAACUACGUCGCCCACGCCAAGGAGCUCGGCAACCCCGUCCCCAAGGAGCCGGUGCUGUUCCUCAAGCCGACCUCGUCGUUCCUCCACGCGGGCGUGGCCACCACCGCCGUCGAGGUGCCCGAGCCGCUCGAGUCGCUGCACCACGAGGUCGAGCUCGCCGUCGUCAUCUCACGGCGCGCGCGCGACGUGCCCGAGGCCUCCGCCAUGGACUUCGUCGGAGGUUAUGCUCUUGCUUUGGACAUGACAGCAAGGGACCUUCAGUCUGUAGCUAAGUCUGCAGGUCUUCCUUGGACUUUGGCUAAAGCACAGGAUACCUUUACUCCAAUUAGUGCAGUGGUCCCAAAAUCAGCUGUCCCUAAUCCUGAUGAUCUAGAACUCUGGCUAAAGGUGGACGAUGAACUUAGGCAGAAAGGGCCUACAAGUGAUAUGAUAUUCAAGGUUCCUUUUCUAAUCAGUUAUAUCAGUUCGAUCAUGACGUUGAUGGAGGGUGAUGUGAUAUUAACCGGAACUCCUGAGGGUGUAGGCCCUGUCCGAAUAGGGCAGAAGAUCAAAGCUGGUAUAACUGGUCUCAUCGAGGCCGAGUUUGAUGUUCAGAGGCGCAGUUGGACAUUUUCUCCCUGAUGUAGCAAGCAAGAAACUGUGGUCUGGAACGGAGGGAGUACUUGGCACUGCAUGGACUCUGUAUAUUGCUAUAAUCUGUUCAUCAGAGAAUAACAAUGAACAAUCUGCACUUUCCGCAGAAUGUAUCGUUGGAUUUGAUCUGCCUGUCGACUUGUGUUGUCCGCAAGUGAAACAAGAGCCCAGUCCUCACGAUUGUCCGCAAGUGCAAUUCUGCGCACAAUUGUGGAGUCUCCUAUUAUGUGUACUAUUCUUGUAAGCUGGAAAUAUUUAUGGUCUGAUGCCCUAGCACACUAUUACUUCCACAAAUUUGUUGGUACAUGUAUCUUGUGUUUCUGUCAGAUAAAGCUGUAAUAUCCCUCUUUUCUGCAACAUGUGGCUGAAAAACACAUCAGUUUAUGUUGAAUAAAUCGUCGUUUUCCCCCAGCUA